AUGACCCAGGACUUUCUGUGCGAGAUCGACACGGUCCUCACCAAGAUCGAGGAGAUCCAGCUGCUGUCCCCUUUCGUGGCCUUCAGCUCAUCAGCCAUGGCCGCCUUCGCGUUGCCGGAGCUGUACAUGCUGAGUCAGGACGUGCUGUUUCAUUUUCCGAUGGCACGGGGCUCGGCGAUGGGUGUGGGCACAGAGUAUCCGCCUCCGACCACGCUCGAACAGAGCAGCCUCGAGGGAGGCUACCGAAGACCCCUCAACCGUAAGUAUCCUGCCCGGCGCACCAUGAGCUCUUUCCUGGGAUGUGAAGACACAACACUGCCCGAGCCGUUGGGCAGCUGGAUGAGAAUCAAGGAGAUACUUGUCCAGAUCAUCGUGGAGCCUCGGAAGGGCUUCGAGGCUUUCCGGAGCAUUGCGGAUUCAGUGUCCUCGUUAUCACCUGAGCUCUGCAUGUUGGGGCACUACAGCCUCCGCGUGGCCUUUCUCAUUUUCCGGAGUCCCGAAGAGCGGAUGGCGGAGCUUGAAGUGGAAGACGUUCCCUGGGCCUUCGCGAGCGCAAGCACCAUCUUGAGCAGCGGGUGGCCUGUGUUUGGACUUCUGGGCCUACUUGCCUACAAGCUUGCACGGGAGGGCGCGGCCACGACCGAUAGCUGCACUCAGCAAGCGGAAUCCUUCCGCAUCCGCUAUGAAGACGCCACGCUGCGCGGGAGCGAAGUUGCUUUCAGCUCAGACGUUGAGAACACAGCCGUGGGACUCCUCCGUGGUCUCCGCGACCUGAACGCCACCACGGCCCUGAGUGGACUGGGCGCAACGCGCUUCGCGCGAAGGGGCUGCCUCCUGGGAGCUGGCCUCCCCUUGGUCGGCUAUGCCGCCUCGGUGUCCUGCCUGGGCCGCCGGGAUCCCCUUGUCUGGGAGAUGCUGCAGGGAGUCGUGGAGACGUAUGAGGACUACUUCCUGCGACCGGCAUCGGGGCCCAGUUCCUGCCUUCCACGGGCGCUCCACCUGCAGCGCUGCCAAUCAGUGAUGCAGCAAGAGACUUUGUUGAACUUGCUGUCGGCUGGCAUGUGGGCGUCGGAGUCGCUGCACCUCUUGCAGAGAAUCUCAGAAGCUUUUGCGCGUGGCAGUGGCAAGCUCGUGGCUCUGCACGGCGGUCCGCUGGGUGAGACUGGCAGGAAGUUCUUGGUUUCCGUUGAUCCCUUUGAAGACCAGUUUCACGGCUAUGGUCUCCCUGCAUUCACAAGUCACCUCUGGAGUGAUCACAAGGAUUUCCAUGUCCUUGAAGGAAUUCGCUGUCCUGAUGUUCUGACCGCUCGCGAUUCUUUGCCUGGACUGCCGUUUCCUGGGUCUUUGGUGUACGUGGAUCACGAGGCUGGUAUAGGGCCGGGACGCGACGCAGGCAAUUUGGCCGAGGUCUUGGGCAAAUACCAGAUCGUCUAUCUCGGCGUGUUGUCGCCGUUUGCGGCCACUCGCUGCUGGUCUCGACAUGGUUCGCGACAUGCUCAACAUCGCCGCGUUUGCGCGAAGGUCUUCGAUCGUGAAGUCUCUGAACGGAGCGGCGCUCUCAAAGUCUUGUAUGUCCCCUUCGCUUCGACCUCCUUUGCGGGCCGAAGGAAGCACACGCCCCUGGACUUGUCGACGCAGCAGCGCCCGGUGGAGCAAAAGCCUUUCUUCCUGGCAUACAUGGCUUACGCCUGCGUGGAUCAUCGCGAGAGGAUGUUUGACCUCCUGGUCCAAGCCGCAGCGCGCCGCGGCCUGCCAGCGCCAGCCGCCCUCUCCCGAUGCACCGGGUACACCUCGGCACAUCGGAGGGCGAGAAACGACUCCAGGGACCUGGCGGCCUCCUUUCUCGAUGAGGCCGUGGAGCUGCUGCGGCCCUACACCUUUGCGCUGGUCUUUGAAAACAAGCUGGUUCCAGGAUACGUGACUGAGAAGAUCGUGAAUGCUUUCCUGGCGGGCUGCAUUCCCAUCUAUUGGGGAUCGAGGGCAGUUUUGGAUGUCUUCAACCCCAGCUCCUUCAUCUACGCGAACGACCUGCAGGCAGAGGGUGCCGCAGACGACUACUCUCCAAAUGAUCCCCUACAAGGACUUGAGCGAGUGGUGGAUCGCGUGAUGGAAGUUGCGAAAGAUCCCGUGGCUUUGCGGGAGAUGGCCUCAGCACCCAUCCUGGAUGCAAGCCGACACCGAAAGUUCUUCUCCUGGCACAGCGCUGUGCGAACGUGGCUUCAGUCUGAGGGACAUCUCAACUCCGAGAACCGCGAGGACGCACUUCUCAUUCCAGAGCGCAUCUCCGCUGCCGCAGCUGGGCAAGAAUCCGGAUCGCGUGCGGGCUUCGCGUCCCCGUCGCCGGCAUCUAUGUAA